UAUGUUGAAUCCAGGCAGACAGAAUUUCUUUAUUAGUGAGGAAUUGAGUGCUCCCUGGACGCCCGAAGUGAGACAGGCGACUGUCUAAGUGAGCCAGUGGACUUACUUAUCUAGGUACCUCAUUAAUAACCGUAUAAUCUCAUGCACGAGUAUUAAGUACGUAUUUACUAAAUUGUUGCAUGAUCCUUAAUCUAACCAUGUUUAUUUUCACAUCAGAAAAUGACGUACAUCCCAGAUAUUCCAAUAUAGAAGCGUACUUUGAGACUAGUUUAUCAUUAAAACUAGUUUUAGGGGAAGGUACUGGUCACAAUGACUACUACUUAUCUUAUUAACACUUAUAUUCGGAUUUAAAUAUCACUAACACGAAACACAUUUUAGGUCUCACUCAUCAUAUUCCUAAAAUAUAUUCGAGUACAAAUUACCAAUAUCUAUUAGUAUAAAGCAUAUUCUUGCUAAUAAAUUUUCACCUUCAGAGGUGUCCUAAAUCAUUUAUUCUUCACGUUUUCUUCUGUAGGUAAAAAUGGAAGACAGUAAUUUCGUUCCUGUGUAUAAACCAUCAAAUAUUGCUUCUAAAUUGUCGGAUGAGUUUAUUCGUACUUUCGGUGAUAAGCCCAGUUUUGUAGUUCAAGCUCCCGGUAGAGUAAAUCUAAUUGGUGAACACAUUGACUAUAAUGGAUAUCCAGUGUUACCAAUGGCUUUGGAACAAGCGAUUCAUAUGUCUGCUGGUCCAACUUCUGGAGCGGAUUUAGGAAAAAUUGUUCUCAGGAGUACAAGUUCACAGUACAAGCCUGUUAAAAUUUCAGUUGAGGAAGCUAUCAAAUUUGGUUCUGAUGGACCUCCUAAUCCACCUGAAUGGUUCCACUACUUUCUGUGUGCAUAUCGAGGAAUAAAAGAUUAUGUAGACAAGUCUAAUUUGAAUUGGACUCCUCCCAGUAUGAACGUGUUAGUUGGUGACGUUGAGUAUGGUGGUCUGUUUUCUGCUGCAGGUCUUUCGAGUAGCAGCGCUUUUGUGGUUGCUUCUGCGAUAGCAAUUAUGCAAAUUUCUGGUUUGCAGAUAAGUAGGCAUGAGUUAGCGAGUUUAUGUGCAAAAUGUGAGCAGUAUACCGGAAUGCAAGGCGGUGGAAUGGAUCAAGCUGCAAGUGUUCUAGCAGUUGAAAACAAUGCUCUUUUAAUCCAAUUUACAAAACCGUAUGUCACAGUCAGUCCUGUACAACUUCCAACCGAUAUAGUUUUCGUAAUAGCUCAUUCUGGUGUUCAUGCACGUAAAGCUGCUACUUCAUAUUAUAAUGAACGUGUAUCAGAAUGUCGAUUGGCUGCCAAAAUAUUGGCUCAAAAUAGUUCAUGUUCUGACGACAUUUCCACUUCUGCGUCAAUGGUACCGUUUUGUCUGAGUGAUGCGCAAAACGCGUGGAAAGCAGUUACCCCAGAGGAGAUGAUACGUGUUCAAACGGAUGGAUUGUCAAUUGUAACUAGAUAUCUACCUGAUGGUGUUACAACUCGUGAUGAACUAUACAAUCUUGGUUUAAGUGGCGAUACCAUUGAUACGUGCUUAACAUUGAGGACUAAAACAAUGAAUGAAUUCCGUCUACGGGACCGUGCAGAACACGUGUACUCUGAGGCUGAACGUGUUUACAAAUUCUAUAAUCUAUGCAAGAAAACAAUGAUGAGCAAAGUGGCCAGUCAGUGUGGUGAUAGUACAAAAGUUAAUUGUACUGAUUACAUGAAAUUGUUAGGUGAUUUAAUGAAUGAUAGUCAGUUAUCAUGUGCUAAACUUUAUCAGUGUUCUUGUCCAGAAUUAGACAAGUUGAUAGAUAUAUGCAGGUCAGCUGGUGCUUUCGGUAGCCGUCUUACUGGUGCUGGUUGGGGUGGUUGUACUGUGUCACUUGUUAAGAAGUCUGAGGCAGAGAAAUUCAUCGCUGAAGUACGCUCAAAAUUCUAUAAUCAAACUGAUGAAAGCAUUGGCGACAAUAAUCCUAUAUUUAUUAGUCAACCAGGUCGUCCAGCUGGCAUAAUGUUUAUGUGA